UCACAAGCCAAGCAAGAGGCCAAACAUGGGAAUCUGGAGAAAUCCAUCCAACUCUUCAGACUGGCACAUGAAAUCCAUCCCAGUGAGAAGCUGAAAACAUACAUAAAGAAGGUAGAGGAUGCAUUGGCGUCUCUGUCCCUGGAGCAGGAGGAUGACGGCUUUGUGGAUGUAUGUCUGAGUGGUCUGAUGCUCUAUGGAGAACUAUACAACAGACUCGGUGACCACCAGAGGGAAGGGGUUGCCUUCUUGUACCACUCGUAUCGAGAAGGACGGACGGGCAGCAUAUUGGCGGAUGACAUGGGCUUGGGGAAAACCAUUCAGAUCAUCGCCUUCCUCUCGGGCAUGUUUGAUUCAGAGCUCAUCCGGUCCGUGUUGCUAAUUAUGCCGACGACCCUGAUUGGCAACUGGAUGAAAGAGUUUUCCAGCUGGACUCCAAAUAUGAGAGUGAACAACUUUCAUGGGACCAACAAAGCUAAGCGCAACCGGAAUCUGGAGCGUAUCCAGAGAAAGAAAGGCGUCCUGCUCACGACAUACAACAUGCUCCUGACUAACUGGCAGCAGCUUUCUACCUUUGGUGGGAAGGAGUUUGUUUGGGACUACAUCAUCCUUGAUGAAGCACACAAAAUUAAAUCUCCUUCUGCGAAGACGACAAAAUCCCUGCAGCGCAUCCCUUCCCAAAACCGGAUCCUCCUCACAGGGACCCCGGUGCAAAACAACCUGAAGGAACUCUGGGCCCUCUUUGACUAUGCUUGUCAGGGCUCUCUUCUCGGCACCAGCAAAACCUUCCGGGUGGAGUAUGAGAAUCCGAUCACCAGAGCCAGGGCAAAGGAUGCCACCCCAGGAGAGAAGGCCCUGGGGCUGAAGAUAUCGGAGAACCUGAUGUCCAUUAUCAAGCCCUAUUUCUUGAGACGGAUUAAAGAUGAAAUACGGAAGAAUCAGAAGCCUCAACUUGAAGCCCACCACCCUGAAGAUCAAAGGGAGGUUGCAGCUCAUGUAAUCUCUUCUCUUCCCAGAAAAAACGAGUUUGUUGUGUGGAUAUACUUGGCACCCACCCAAGAAGAAAUAUAUAAGAACUUCCUGUCCUUGGAGCACAUCAAGGGGUUGUUAAUGGCUAUCCAGUGCCCAUUAGCUAAACAGUCCCCACUAGCUGAAAUUAAUGUCUUGAAGAUGCUCUGUGAUCACCCCCGACUGCUAUCAGCACGAACCUGUCGCCUUCUUGGGCUUGACACGUCUAAUUAUUCUAGAUUGGAUGGUGGUGAAAGUGAAGCAAAUGGGGGUUGGGACAUGAACAGAGAAAUCAUACAUAUUUCUGACGAGAUUCUGAUUAAGGAAUCUGGAAAGCUGUGUUUCCUCAUAACCCUGCUGGAAAGACUGCAGGAAGAGGGGCAUAGAACUCUAGUGUUUUCUCAGUCAAGAAAAAUGUUGGAUAUUAUAGAGCGUGUCUUAACUCGCAGGCACUUUAAGCUGGUGCGUAUUGAUGGAACCGUUCGUUUGGUGGAACGAGAAAGGAGGAUUAGCCUGUUUCAGAGUAACAGAAACUAUUCUGUCUUUCUGCUCACGACCCAAGUAGGUGGGGUUGGAUUAACAUUAACUGCUGCUACCAGAGUGGUGAUUUUUGAUCCCAGCUGGAAUCCUGCUACUGAUGCUCAAGCUGUGGACAGAUCUUACAGGAUUGGGCAGAAAGAGAAUGUGGUGAUCUACCGGCUCAUUACCUGUGGCACAGUGGAGGAGAAAAUCUAUAGACGACAAAUAUUCAAGGAGUCACUAAUUCGGCAAACAACUGGUGACAAAAAGAAUCCAUACAGGUAUUUUGCGAUGCAGGAAUUGAGGGAGCUUUUCACCCUGGAAGAUACUCGCUGUUCACCAACCCAACUGUAUAUUCAGUCCCUGCACGGUGCCCAAAGGAAAUCAGAUACUCUACUUGAUGCUCACGUUGCUUACCUCCACACGCUGAAAAUCUUUGGCAUCUCUGACCAUGACCUGAUGUACACACAGGAAGUGGGUCAUGAGGACAAAGCUGAGAAUGAAGAAGCCCAUCAGUACAUUGAGCAUAGGGUACAAAAAGCUCAAAAGCUGAUACAGCUAGAAUCGCAACAGAAAGACAAACUGAUGGAAAACAUUAGAAACACCACGGAAGGAGCAAGGCAGACAGAGAUGGAGCCUUCCAACCAACCAAAGAAAAAAUCUGCCCCACCUCAACACAUUGACUCUCUUAUCCCACCAGUACAUGCUGAACCCACAAACCAGGAUGAUGCUGUCAUUCUCAUAAAAGAAACCGAUGGCCAUAGCAUCGUCAAUAUUAGCUCUAAAAUGAGCAGUGUAGUUACUGAGGACUUGGAUGAUGAUGAUGAUGAUGAUGACGACGACGACCAGGUCCUUCAGAAUAUAUCUAAUAUGGAUAUGUCCCUCCUCAAGAAUGAAUGCUACCACCAAUCCAAGCUACAAGAAUAUAAGGACAAACAUGAUCUAAGCAUUAGAUCCCCUUUUACUCAUGCUCAUUCGUUAUCUGAGAAAGAGAACUGCAGUCAUAAAUCCCAAGUUAUCUCCUGUGAUCCACCUGCUGAUAGAGAUAGCCACUUGAAUGAUGUUCAAAUAAUAGAUUCUGAGGACAGACAGUUCUCAGAAAAGGAAAUGUCAUUCUGUUCGGAGAGUGCAAACAGCGGAUUUCGGCUGCAAUUGGACAACUCUGUGGCAGGAGGGAAUGAAAGCAAUGGAAGGCCCCAGUCUCGAAACAGUAUCACGAGCUCUUGUAUCCUGGUUGCCUCCAGUGCAGCAGGUGAAGCCUUGGCCGGCAAUAGUGCUGUUCCUUUUGUGUAUAAGAAGAAACCAGCUAAAACAACUGUUUCUGACAGUGGGGAAGAGGAAGAGAAUCGUAUCAUUGACCUGGAUGAAAAGCCUCCUUGCUGCUUGAGAUGA